AUGGGCAAUGGAAAGCUUAUUAAGAAUGUGUUGACUCACAUGAAACGCACGGGCAACUUCGUCGGGACCGCCCCCGCUCUAGGCGAGCAAUCUUCUCAUAGGAAUGAAUCAGAUUUGUCCAAAGAGAAAGAGUACAGUCGAGUCCUCAAAUAUUCGAGCUAUGACCCGUCUUUGACCAAAGAAGAUUUCGUUAGACUGAUACCACACGUGAGAUUUUCAGACGCAAGAGAACCCCAUCCUUUGGCGGAGUUUGAUGUGUGGAAAGUGAGAGAUCCCAGAUACUUCCAGUUCCGUGACAGUUACCAUCUAAUAUUCAAAGAUUUCAACAUGCUCAACAAUUACAGGAAAAGCGUGCGUUUAAGCAGGAUUGACGGUCUACGCGCUGUUUUUAGUGUAAGGGACAAAUCUGUGAAACCGGAAGAUAGCAUUGCUGCGUAUGUGUCAAACUUGCUGGCAGCGUUUGACUCGUCGGAAAGCUAUUUCCGAGCGUUGAAACACUGCAGGUUUGUGAAGCCCGACGCGAACAAAUCGCUGGAACAGAUGGCCGAAGAAUUGGCAAACGCCGAGAAAAAAUCUCUAUUGAUAUGGAAUAUACCUCCGACGCUGCGUGCAUGCGACGUGCUCGAAAAAUUUUGGUUCUAUGACAUCAAACAUUGGUUUAAACUGUAUUGGGAUCCACAUACGGGACGGAACCUUUCGUUCUUAGCGUUCAAUUCAGAGUUGGACUGCACUAGGUUCCGGCAGAAUUUCCACGGUGCGUAUUUCUCUGAGAGCGAAGAGUGUAAAUUGCUCGUAGAGGCAUUGAAGUAA